AUGGUCAAGUUCCUCGCCCUUUCUGCUGUUGCCGCCUUCGCGGCCGCCGAUAUUGAAAUCGUCAACGGUACCGAAGCCCCCAUCGGCAAGUACACGUACGUGACGGGACUUCGCCGCAACGAAACCGCUGCUUCGUUGUGCGGUGCGUCGUUGGUGGCCCCCAAAAUCCUGGUCACGGCGGCUCAUUGCGUGCCGACUCCCUGGGCCGCCUACGCGUCCAUCGGGUCGCACUACUUGAACGGCACCAAGGACGGCGAGCGCAUCAAGAUCGUCAAGCGCACCUUGCACCCCAAGUACAACAAGGCCACUCGCUACGACUACGAUGUUGCCGUGUUCGAAUUGGAAACCGAGUCCAAGUUCCCCCCCGUCAAGCUCAACUGGGACGAAGACCAGUUCACUGCCCCGGGCGCUGUGUCUUGGGUGCGUGGGUUUGGUAGUAUCUAUUUAGGCGGGCCUGCAUCCCCCGUGCUCUUGGAAACCGACGUGGUUAUCUGGGAAAACUCCAAGUGCCACGCCGCGCUCAACAAGUACAAAAACUACAACGUCACGUCUUCCAUGAUCUGCGCCGGUGGGGGCUUCAAGGACACGUGCAAAGGCGACUCGGGUGGACCGUUGACGGUCACGCGCAACGGGGAAGAGUACUUGGCCGGUGUGACCAGCUGGGGCAUCGGCUGUGCCCGCCCUGGCUUCCCCGGAGUGUACGCCCGUAUCUCAGAACUCCGUGACUUUAUCGAACCGUUCUUGCCCAAGGCUGCUUGCUAA